AACAAAAUAUCGCCCACUUCUCAAUUCUCAAAACCCACUUCAUUCCAAUCAACAUCCAAACCCAAAUUAAAAUGGCUCAUAGAGUCGGGGAGUUCGAAGAUUUGUUGCCGGUGAUGGCCGAAAAAUUAGGCGGGAAGGAUUGAUCACGGAGCUCUGCAAUGGGUUCCAGCUGCUGAUGGAUAAGGAGAAAGGGGUGAUCACAACGGAGAGCUUGAGACGAAACGCCGCCGUGGUGGGUCUGCAGGACUUUUCAGGCGAGGAGAUCGCCGAGAUGGUGAAGGAAGGGGAUCUGGACGGUGACGGCUCAUUGAAUCAGAUGGAGUUUUGCAUUCUGAUGUUUCGAUUGAGCCCUGAGCUGAUGAGUGAUUCCCAAGCGUAGCUCGAAGAAGCCAUCCAAGAGGAAUUCAGAGACGUAGCUUGGUUUUGAUUUUCCUUUUUGGUUGUACUCACGCUAACUCCUUCACUGGUCCUUAUCAUUAAUCUUUGCCUCUUUGGGUAUUGAAUUGUAAUUUUGGUUCUCUAUUCUCGAUCAACUGUUGGAAAUUAGGAAUGAAAGGUAAAAAGAAAA